AUGUCUUCCCAUGAAAAAGAUCAUCAUCAUCAUGAACAUCAUGAACACCAUGAAUCCGGUCAUGGUCAUGACAGCAAAGACCACCACGGCAAAUCAUCUGAACAUUGCCACGACAAAGCAGAUGGUGCCGGUCAUGGAUGCCAUGAUAAAGAACAACAUUGUGGAACUGAAUGUCAUAAACCAGGAUCUGGAAAAGACCAUGGUGGUCAUUAA